ACACCAUGAAAGAUUCGUUCAAACGAAUUUGUUCGAGGGCUUCGGCUCAUUAGACAGAGACAGAGCGUGAGUAGGCGUGCGCGCGCCACUAGAUGCCGUGCUCACGUGCGCACGGAUCCAAAGAACAUGAUGAAACAGCUAAGCCGUGCAGAGACUCCACCCUCCAUCACGUUACGUAUCGGAUCGGCGGCAGCGCACAACCUUCAACUACGACGAGGCCUUCGGAUGAAGCGUCCAAAUGUUCAGGGCCCUCGGGGGCCGCCGGGAAAAAGCCAGAACAACGGCACAAAUCACCAACGUGGUCAGAUCUCCUGCCUGAGCAAACAGCCAUGGGGUCCAACUCUGGUUGUCCAGCGCCAAGAGAUGGCUGCCUACUUCAGGCUGUUUGAUGACGAUCUCAUCCAGGAUUUUUUAUGGAUGGACUGCUGUUGCAAAAUUACAGAUAAGUAUUUGCUAGCCAUGACAUUUGUCUAUUUCAAGAGGGCACGCUUCAGCAUCACCGAGCACAGCAGGAUGAACUUCUUUAUCGCUCUAUACCUUGCAAACACCAUGGAGGAGGAUGAGGAAGAGUCAAAGUAUGAGAUCUUCCCCUGGGCUCUGGGGAAGAGCUGGAGGAAACGUUUCCCUCGUUUCCUGAAGCAAAGGGACGAGCUAUGGGCUCGCAUCGAGUACCGAGCUGCAGUCAGCCGCCGCUGCUGUGAAGAGGUGAUGGCCAUCGCUCCGUCUCACUUUAUUUGGCAACGAGAGCGAGCGGCUCACCACAGCGGAGCUCAGCGUCAGUACCGGGACAGGGAGGAAUUACAGCUCCCACGAGGUCCUGCUGCCUCUCCUGAGCUCUGCGCUCUGUGCGCUAAAACCUCAGGUCUCUCCCCGUCUCCUCUUUCACUCACACUCGACCUGAGACUUCAGGAAACAACACCCAAGACCAGGAAAUUAGUCCAGUCCCAAAAUAAAACCUCCUGCUACUGCACACACAGACCAGCAGGAAGUGAUGUGCUCACCAAAGCCAGCCAUGACGAUUCCACAGACUGGAUUAACAAGGACUAGAGUCUCUGAAACCAGCUUUUCUCUCAGCAUCUGGUAGCACUACCCCGAACAGCCCCGUCUACACUUUAAGGUCAACGCAGUCUGCAGCUGGGUUUAGUUGUCGAUCGCAUCAACCGUGAGCUCAUCCUG